AUGGAAGCUAUUGCAGCUUUCGCACUAGCUUGCAAUGUCGUUCAACUGGUCGACUUUGGCCUGAAGGCUGCGUCCAAAUGCGCGGAGAUAUACAAGGACGGCAGCUCAAUUGAGCACCAAGAUCUCAACUACACGUCACAACAUCUGGCUGAGAUCACUGAAAACCUGAGCGCGUCAAUCCUUCACGCACGAACGAACAAACCUCUUACCCAAGACGAGCACGAGUUGGCCGAACUCGCCACCAGAUGCACCAUAACGGCCAACGACCUACGAGACGAGCUAGACAAGUUGACGCUUUCUGGCCGCCAAGGGAAGAGAGCUGCUGUAUUCAAGGCCAUCAAGUCCAUUCGGAGGAAUAAUUACAUCAAGAAAAUAAAAGACAGACUUGGCGAAUACGAGAGUGUGCUCAAUACUCGACUGCUAUCACGCCUCAGUGACCGAGUCGAUCUGCUUGCAUUACAGCAGGAUGACUCUUUUGGAAACCUUGAACAGAGUCUGCAAGCCUUUGUCAAGAAUGUUGCGAAGCGUUUCAACAAAAUCGAAGACCUCAUUUCACAAGAGAACACCGCGAAUAAGAGUACUAUCGAUCAGGAACACAGAAUCACUAGAGACCAUGUAACUUCAGAAUUUCAGGAUAUGCAGAUGAAAAGCGACAAUGACCAAAACCGGCUAAAGCUCCUUGCGAGCUUGAACUAUGAUGAAAUUCAGCAUCGACAGGAGGAAAUAUCAGAGGCACAUGAACAAACAUUCAAGUGGAUCUUCGACCGAACAGGAAAACAUAUACGUCGUUGGGAUUGUUUCAUCAGUUGGCUUGAAAAGGGCAAUGGAGUAUAUUUAAUUCAAGGCAAAGCCGGGUCUGGCAAAUCGACUCUUAUGAACUAUAUUACUAGCAAUCGUCGUACGUUGGAUUCGUUAAAUCUUCUGAGUCAUCACCAGGAACUCAUUCCCAAGCUGGUCAAGUUACUAGGUAUCGCUGCUCAUGACGAUCAAAUGCCAGUCUGCACGAGAAAAAGACUUGAAUCUUCUUUGAAGUUUGCAAUCGAUAAGACCUCAAUACCGACCUUCCUAAAUGCCUUUGAAGGCUCUGUACAGCUCAAGCUUCAAGACCUGACCAGACCAGAUAUUGAGAUAUAUGUGGCAGACCGACUACAAAAUGAUCCUAGAAUGGAGCAACUGUUACAAGAGAAUUCACGGCGCGGCAAACGUCUGAUUAGUAGUGUUAUUGAUAAAGCAGAAGGCGUUUUUCUGUGGGUAAUUCUGGCUGUCAAACUCCUUUUGAAAGGUCUUACCAACAAAGAUGACUGGGAUACAAUGGUAAAACGACUACAUAUGCUUCUAAAAGGUAUCGAGAAUCUUUAUACACUCAUGUGGAACCGCCUAGGAGAGGACCAGAAGAUCUACCACGAGGAGGCCGCCCUAGACGUCGUUAUCUCUUUGUGCAAGAGCGCUGAAACACAUGUCCUAACGCGGUGUGGUGGGCUUCUUGAAGUUGACCAUCUAGAUAAGGAUAAACCUUAUUAUGACAUAUCAGAUGCGGAUAAGCCGAAUGAGAAUAUGCCAAAUGAGGACAUACCGGACAAGAGUAAAUCAGACGAUGAAAUACUAAAACGCUUAUAUCGGGCGACUAAAGUACGCUUCCUUCACCGCACUGCCUGGAAUUUCCUGGUAAAUACAAAGGAAGGCCAAGUCAUUCUAGGGCAACGUCCGCCUCCUGCUUCCAGUAUAUGUGCCAUUUUAGUCAAAUCUAGACUUGGCAUCGAUCGACUCUUGCAAGAGAUUGCAUGGUUAAACCUGCCAAAGGCGCUCCAAAGCGUCCGAGAGGCGCAGAUCUCAGAAUAUGACCCUCUUGAGUCAUUGAUGGACGUUGUGGAUAGCUAUUUUCGUAGCAUAUAUUCCAUUGUCCCCAAGGAAUUGCACUGGGUUGAGAAAUACAAAAUGUUGAGUCACAAAGACACCCCAGCGACAAACUUCUUGGGCCUUGCAGCUACUUAUGGUCUUUGUCUCGAUAUGUCGAAACGGUUUAUUGAGCAGUUGAAGCGUACAGAUCUGACUUCCAUCAACUGUCUACUCACCUGUGCCGUCUUCGGCCUGGCAUCAAACCCGCGCACAGAACUGAUUUUGAUGCUUCUGUCACAUGGUGCUAAUCCUAGCACAACUUUCAGAGUUGACAAUCAUUGGCCGCAAAUUAGCUGUUGGAACGCAUCUCUACAUUGGAUUUGGGUGAGAUACACUGUUGACUGGGUUGACUGGAUUCGUGGAAGGCUACCUUCAGACAUGGAGUUGCUUGGAUUGAUUGAUGCGUUCAUGACCAACGGUGCUGAUCUUCAUGAAGAGGUCAAAUUCGGGUUAAGGCUGCGUAAGAAUAGUCCGAUGCAUCCAAAAUUUUAUCGGGAUUGCGGCCCAGGAGUGGCAGGCUUGGUAUUGGGGCUAAAUGCACGGUAUAUCCUCAGCAAAGUCCUUCGCCAACAUCCUCAAUUCCCAUACAUAGAGAAGCGCUUUGAAAGCGUGGGUGCGCAGGCGAGUGGAAGAGUGCUUAUAGUUUAUCGUAGAGCUCCAGGCCUCUCCCAAGAAAUCUCCGAGCAAGGUUCCCAGUAUCUCCUGGAGGCUAUCGACUGGUGUACGACAUGGCCACCGGAAGAAAGCGCCGUUGUACACCUCAGAACUAGGAUCCGAGAAAUUCGUCAGCGAGAUGCAUGUACUAGUCCUACCUGCAAACCACUACAAAUAAUCAGCUAA